UUCCUAGUGUUAACAGUCAGAUUUUUACUAAACACAAACAUAGAUUAGUUCAUUAUCUGAAUAAGCAAAGAAUAAAGUACUACAUAGUAAUGCAAAUGCUAAUUUUUUGACUGACAAAAAGAUACUAUAUACUAUCGUAUUAUCUAAUCUCGUAAUACUUUUUUAUUUAUUAAGAAAUACGUAGUACAUUGUUAAAUACAUUUUAGAUAAUUUAUCAAAUUCUAUAAAUUCAUCAAAUUUGUCGGCAUUUUUAUCAAGGAUUUAUUUAUUGGGGGCAUCCUAGUCGAUGGCGCAAACGGCGAUCACUUUUGCUGCUGGAGUUCUGAUGUUCAUCGAGGUCCACUGUCUGGGGGAAACGGGGUCUCUUCCGAGGAGCUUGAAGCAAAGUGGGCAGCUGGGUUUGGGAUAAUUCAAAGGGCUUCGUAGGUGGGUCAUAGGUAGGGCUUAAUUCGGACAUAUUCCCUCUAGGUUCCAUCAAUUGGCUCUGUUGGUGAGAGCUACAGACAAGAGCAGUCUGAAAUCGAAUCGAAGGAUUUGAGGAGCACCCUGUUCGUUCCGCCAUGCUCAUCUUACGAGCUAUGAUUUUCUGUAAUCAUCGGCUCACUCAGCUGGGAUCCCAAAGAAAGGAUGAGGGCAGACGACCGAAUCAGUCGGCUUGGGCUGUUGCGGCGGAACUCGUCGUCUGCUAGCCAUCCUUGGCAACAUAUCCGAGGGCUCCUCCACCAACAACUUCAUCAAAAGUUGGCCAAGGGACACUCAGUUGUCAUUCGAAAACCGAGGGCUACAUGCCUUGUAUAACUGAAGGCUUCCAACAAUGACUGGGAGCUCAUCAAGCUCUAACGUCCGACGGCUCACACAACAAACCGUGACUAUGCAGAUGGUCACGGACGCCUUGAUGAAUGAGGAAGCACGAAGGAAGGAAGCUGGGAAUGAACAGUCUUAUGCUCUCGUCUCAGAAACCAGCAGGCGAGGGGGAGGCAGAAAUGGAGGUAGAGGACGAGGUCGAGGCAGAGGCAGAGCUCGAGGUCAAAGUAGAGGGAGAUCUCAAGCUCGAAGAAGAUCACAAGAGCGGGGAAAGUUCGUCGAUACCAAUACUUGGUUCGAGGGCUAUUGCAACCAUUGUGGUCGGAAGAGAUUAAAGGUGUAUGGUCCUUGAAAAUGGGGAAUAACAGCUACGGCCCUUAGUGUUUAAAAUUAUAGCCUUGCCUUCUUAGUUAAUUGUUAGAAAUUAACUAAGUAACUAGUUUAACUAAUAUUAAAUGGAAAAUGAUAUGUAACAAGUAACUAAUUUAUUUUUUUUAAAGAGAAAUGUAGAGAAAUAUAACAAUUAACUAAUUUAAUAGAUAAAUGAGAAGUCUAACAAUUA